UAUAACCUCAUCCCACAUUACCUGUAUUGUUUUCUUAAGAUCAAGUCAGACUUUUAUUAUCCUUUGUGGAAAAUCAUUUCUUUAGAAAAAAACUAUACCAAAUUACGUGUAUUAGAGAAGAAAAAAAAAUGUCUGAUACUAAACCUACAAGUUUCAACCCUCUAGAACAAUUCGUUUUGUUAGCGAAAUCAGCUAAAGGAGCCGCAGCUGUUGAGUUAAUAAAACAAGCUUUAGAGUCUCCUGGUGUCUAUGUUUUUGGCGAACUUCUUGACAUGCCAAACAUUAGCGAGCUUGAAAUUGGCCAGUUCCAGCCAUACUACAAUUUACUUAAGCUUUUUGCCUUUGGAACAUACCAGGAGUAUCUUAAAAAUAUAAAAUCAUUGCCUGAGUUGACUGCAUUUCAACAGCAAAAACUGAGACAUUUGACCAUUGUCACAUUGUCUGAAACUAACAAAUGUAUCCCAUAUGACAUGUUGGUCCAAGAACUUGAGAUGAAAAAUCUUAGAGAGCUUGAAGAUCUCGUGAUAGAAGCUAUAUAUGGAGAUGUAAUACGUGGCAAAUUAGAUCAACGCAACGGUCGCCUAGAAGUUGACUUCGCAAUUGGCCGAGAUGCUCAAGUUAAUGACAUAGGCCGAAUCAUCCGAACCUUAAACGACUGGUGCGAAGCAUGCGAUGCAAUUCUCGGAGCGGUCGAAACUCAAGUCAUAAACGCGAACUGUGAAAAGGAAAGGCAUAUAAAACAUCGUGCCACUAUCGAAGAAGAAGUUCUGAACAUAAAAAAAACUUUAAAAUCUCAGAUCCAGGAAACGGAUGAAAUAUCUCUUGCUAGUGAAACGCGUAACGAAACGUUGGGAGACAAGGGCAAAAAAUUAGUUAAAGGGAAAGGAUUAAAAACAAAUGCCCCCAAUAAAUUUUGGAAUAAAUCUUGAAACAGUGAAUAACUGAGAAGAUUUGUAAAUACCUUUCUAUCACUAUUCACUCUUUUCUUUCCAAAAUAUGGUGCUGCUUUUGAAGAGUAUCAUAACAAAAUAAAUUCAAUAUAAAUAAAUAUUUUUACUACUUUA